AGACCCCUCCCUCUGAGGGGGGAAAAAAAAAAAAGCGCAGACGGCGUCUCCGUUUCCACAGUAACAGGCCGCGGCGUGACGUCACUUCCGCCACCCUGUCUGGACUCCAGACUGUAGGGAGGAAAAGAGGAAAACUGAGCAACAGCCACGACGGUGGACGCGAGCGUCUCCGGUGUGCGCAUGCGCCCGCUCAGCGGCCUGCUUCUAUUUAUGUGGGGGUUCCAACAUGGCGGCUGCGGCGACCCUAGCGAUGGCGGUGGAGUCCAUCAGAACAUAGUAGCGGGGAAGGGGACACGGUCCGCACUCACGGUGGCGUCGGCGGAGACGGCUGAGGGUGGAGGAGGGAAGAAGAGCGACGGAGAGCAAGCGGAAGGGCGGACGGGCACGCCGCGCGGCGAGGAAGCGAGCGCCGGCCGGAGCGAAAGCCGAGGGCCAGAACAGUGGGGAUGGCGGAGCCGCGCAGGGUAGCGUUCAUUAGCCUGUCACCGGUGCGGCGGCGCGAGCCCGAGUUCCCGGGGGCCGAGCGCGAGCCCGAGCCCCCCCGGCCCGAGCCGCAGCCGUUCCGGGAGCCGGCCCCCCGCCCGGACGCGCAGCCCCCGCCGCGGGAGAAGCCGCUCCCCCAGCGCGAGGUCAGCCGCGCCGAGCCGCCCAUGUCGCUGCAGCGGGAGCCGCCGCGGCCGGAGCCGCCGCCGCCGCCGCCGCCGCCGCUGCUUCCCUCGCAGCCGCCCCCGCGGCGGGAGCCGGCCUCCCGGGCCGAGCGGCCGCCGCGGCCGCCCGGGGAGACGGUGCGACUGGAGCUGGAGCUCAAGGACCCCACGGACGAGAGCUGCGUGGAGUUCAGUUACCCGGAGCUGCUGCUGUGCGGAGAACAACGGAAGAAGUUUGUUCAAACAGAAGACCCAUUUAAUGAAGAGCAGCGGGAGAGGAAAGAAGUGGAAAUGUUGGCUAAGAAGUUUGAAAUGAAAUAUGGUGGAAAGCCCCGUAAACACCGGAAGGAUCGGCUGCAAGAUUUAAUUGAUAUAGGCUUUGGCUAUGAUGAGACAGAUCCAUUUAUUGAUAAUUCAGAGGCUUAUGAUGAAUUAGUUCCUGCUUCUCUAACAACAAAAUAUGGAGGCUUUUAUAUCAAUACUGGCACUCUGCAGUUUCGCCAAGCUUCAGAUACUGAAGAAGAAGAUACUACAGACAACCAAAAGCACAAACCACCCAAGGUUCCCAAAAUAAAAGAGGAUGAAAUUGAGACAAAGAAGCGGAAGCGGAAAGAAGAAGGGGAAAAGGAAAAGAAGCCGAGGAAAAAAGUACCCAAACAACUGGGAGUUGUGGCUCUAAAUUCACACAAGUCUGAAAAAAAGAAGAAACGUUAUAAAGAUUCUCUUUCUUUAGCUGCCAUGAUACGAAAAUUUCAGAAAGAGAAGGAUGAACUGAAGGAGUCCAAUCCCAAAGUCCCAGUGACCUCAUCAACCUCCUCUCUGAGCAAGUCCCCCUGUGCUGCCGCAGCUUUGGGAAAUGAUGUCCCGGACUUAAAUCUGAGCAGCACGGAUCCAGACCUCCCCAUUUUUGUUAGCACAAAUGAACACGAGUUGUUUCAGGAAGCUGAAAAUGCCCUCGAGAUACUAGAUGAUUUCGACUUUGACAGAUUCUUGGAUGCCGCUUCAGAUGAGAGUCCUCUGUCUGAGUCCGGGGGAGAAAAUGGAACCACCAUCCAGCCAACCUUUGCCUCUCAGGUCAUGCCUAAGGUGAUACCUACGCUCCCAGAGGGUCUGCCUGUGCUUCUCGAAAAACGCAUUGAGGACCUCCGUGUAGUAAGUGCUGCCAAACUUUUUGAUGAAGAAGGAAGAAAAAAAUUCUUUACGCAGGAUAUGAAUAAUAUUCUUCUGGACAUUGAGUUACAGCUACAAGAGUUAGGCCCUGUCAUUCGUAGUGGUGUCUACUCCCAUCUUGAAGCUUUUGUGCCAUGUAAUAAAGAAACACUGGUAAAACGUCUGAAGAAGUUACAUCUUAAUGUCCAGGAUGAUCGCUUAAGAGAACCUCUGCAAAAACUGAAACUGGCUGUAAGCAAUGUCAUGCCUGAACAGCUAUUUAAAUACCAAGAGGACUGCCAGGCUCGUAGUCAAGCUAAGUGUGCCAAGUUACAAACAGAUGAAGAACGAGAAAAGAAUGGAUCUGAGGAAGAUGAUGAUGAGAAACCAGGGAAACGUGUUAUUGGACCAAGAAAGAAAUUCCACUGGGAUGACACCAUUAGAACUUUGUUGUGUAACCUCGUUAAGAUCAAGUUGGGAUGUUAUGAGUUAGAGCCAAAUAAAAGCCAGUCUGCUGAGGAUUAUCUUAAAUCCUUCAUGGAGACAGAGGUGAAGCCAUUGUGGCCUAAGGGCUGGAUGCAGGCGAGAAUGCUUUUUAAAGAAAGCCGGAGUGUACAUAAUCAUCUUACUUCUGCUCCGGCAAAGAAAAAAGUGAUUCCUGCAUCUAAACCCAAAGUAAAGGAGUGUAGUCCAAAAAAGGACCCCAAAACUCCUUCAUCCUUGGUGGCUUCAGUCAGUGGUCCUUCCUCCAGCUCCAGUGCAUCUGUGGUUGCUUCAACCAGCUCCAGCUCAACACCAGCUCAAGAAACCAUCUGCCUCGAUGACUCCCCAGAUGAAGACCUGUCUUUCCACUCUCCUUCACUGGAACUUGUUUCUGAAGCUUUGGCUGUCAUCAACAAUGGGAACAAGGGCGCUCCAGGUAGUUCAAGGAUAAGCAUGCCAAGUACAAAACCUCGUCCAGGACUAAGAGAAGAAAAAUUAGCAACUAUCAUGAGUAAGCUGCCACUGGCGACUCCCAAAAAACUAGAUUCUACUCAGACCGCACAUUCAUCAAGUCUUAUUGCUGGUCACACAGGGCCAGUACCAAAGAAACCCCAGGAUUUAGCUCAUACUGGCAUCUCUUCUGGCCUUAUUGCUGGUUCUUCCAUUCAGAACCCCAAAGUCUCCUUAGAACCAUUGCCAGCCAGGCUACUUCAACAGGGACUGCAAAGGUCAAGCCAGAUUCAUGCUUCUUCCUCUUCACAGACUCAUGCCUCCUCUUCUUCCCAAGCCCAAGUUGCUGCCUCCUCUCAUGCUCUGGGAACAUCAGAGGCCCAAGAUGCUUCUUCAGUAACACAAGUCACAAAGGUGCACCAGCAUUCAGCUGUCCAGCAGAACUAUGUGUCUCCAUUACAGGCAACCAUUAGUAAGUCCCACACCAACCCAGUGGUGAAAUUAAGUAAUAAUCCCCAACUUUCCUGCUCAUCCCCACUACUUAAGACUUCAGAUAAGCCACUUAUGUACCGGCUCCCCUUAUCUACUCCCUCCCCUGGAAAUGGUUCUCAGGGGUCUCUGGUUCCCCUGGUUUCUAGGACAGCACCAAGUACCACUACCUCUAGUAACUAUUUAGCCAAGGCUAUGGUGUCACAGAUCUCCACGCAGGGUUUCAAAUCCCCCUUCUCAAUGACUGCGUCCCCCAAACUUGCCGCAUCUCCCAAACCUGCCACAUCUCCCAAACCCUUGCCCUCACCUAAGCCUUCUGCUUCACCUAAGCCCUCUCUGUCAGCCAAGCCUUCAGUAUCAUCUAAACUAAUUUCUAAAUCCAACCCAACUCCCAAGCCUACCAUAAGCCCAAGUUCUUCCAAUCCAAAUACACUAGUAGCCCAGAGUACCCACUCUACCAGUAACAACCCAGUCCAUAAACAGCCCACUGGAUUGAACAUCAGCAGACAGUCUCCCACCUUGAAUUUACUGCCCUCUAAUCGCACUUCAAGCCUUCCGUCUACAAAAAAUCUUCAGGCCCCUUCCAAGCCAACAAACUCAUUAUCCACUGGAACUAUUGGGAAGAACAGCUUGAGUGGAAUUGCAAUGAAUGUACCUGCCAGCAGAGGUAGCCACCUUAACUCAAGCGGAGCUACUAGGACUAGUCUACCUGGUGGAACAGGAAGUGGAAUACAGGGUGCUACUAAAUCGUUAUCUACUCCACAUAGACUAUCCUCUGCCUCAGGGUCUUCAGUGGUAACAGCCAGUGUGCAGUCCACAGCAGGAGCAUCAUUAUUGGCUAAUGCCUCACCUCUGACUCUCAUGACAUCACCUUUGUCUGUAACAAAUCAAAAUGUGACUCCUUUUGGGAUGCUGGGUGGCCUUGUUCCAGUGACCAUGCCCUUCCAGUUUCCCUUGGAGCUGCUUGGCUUUGGGACGGACACCGCUGGAGUGACAACCACCUCGGGAUCUACCUCAGCCGCUUUCCACCACAGCCUAACUCAGAAUUUACUAAAGGGUUUACAGCCAGGAGCGCAGCACGCAGCAACACUUUCCCACGCACCUCUGCCCUCGCACUUACAACAGGCGUUUAAUGAUGGAGGCCAAAGUAAAGCGGACACUAAGUUACCACGGAAAACGCAGUGACUUCCCAGCAAGCAGAGGGAAGUGUUCCACUGACUGAUGGGAUCUACCUGAUGGGAAAGUCCUUAUGUGGUCACAGGGCUGCUGUUUCUGUCGAUGUUUACAUUCUCGUCCCAAGCACUGUGGUGAGGAGGAAAAGGAAAGAAAACUACUUGAGCACACCAGGUGCAGGAGGAAGAAAUGCUUUUGUGCAAAGUUAGUGAUCUUUGGUAUCUUCUAAAGAAAGACAAAGUUACCAUGCUAACUGACUUGAAAGAGACUCAGCUGUCAAACCCACAGAAGUACAAAUUUGAUUUUUUUCCGGGGGGAGGAAGAAGGAAGUUGAAAGGAUUUGGGUAAAUACCAUCCAUCCUGGGGAUUGGAUCUGAAUAAAAAAAUUAGACCUGGAAUUAGGCCAGUUGAUCAAGAGUAAUGAUCAUGUCUGUUGAAGUAGACAGUAUAACAAAUUUGCCACAAAACUAAGAAUGACUCUAUGUCUGAUACAACCAGUGGCUGAAGAAAUAACGUACCCUCAAAUAUCCUGAACAAACUUGAAUCUUUCCUGGUAUGUAGCAACUCCCCAUGUGAAUCAGUGGUCUCAAGAUGCUUCAGGAAAGUCAUUUUAGACAGUGAUGUACAAUACUAAAUCAUCUAGAUUUUUAAGUGAAGAAAUGGAGCCUGUUGCUCUUAACAGACAGACCUUGGCUGUCCCCUUUUUGUGAAAGGGUGGAAUUCAUCUUCCCUUCAGAAGCAGGUACUUAACUCGUCUCUUCAGGUGAUUGGCACGUCUAGUAUUAACUGGUCUCAUUUCUAGUCUUGAUGCUGAGAUGUGACUGUGUUCACAUUUUUUCCUCCUAAGAAAAGGGAGUCUUUGUUACAGGGCUGCUGCUUUGCUGCUCUUCACACUUGCCAGCCUCCAGCAAGAACUGAAAACUUCCCCUAAUUCACCUCACAUCAUACUGCUCUUUCUUUUCUUUCAGGUAGUGGUACUUCAGGUGAUACUAGCUGUUGAUCUAAACAAAUAGAAUGUGGUUGUUUCUUCAUUGGUCAGCCAAAUAGUGCAUAUUUUUAGAAGAAAAAAAAAAACAAGAUAUUUUUAAAGGGAGGAAUUACUAUAAGGAUCAUGAGUACAGGUGAUUAUCUUUUAUAGCAAUCACAGUGUAGGUUUACUCCCAAUAUUCAGUGCCGUGAACUUAUUUGGAGCAUCUGGGAUUGUAAAGCUUUAUUAAUCAAGUAAACAUGCAGAUAGUAGGACUCCUCUGUUACUAUAGCUUCCUCUUGCAAGUAGCAUAGUCAACAAAGGAGGUUAAGGGAAAGUGGAUAGUUUACUAUGAAUACAUGUUAUUCUAUUUUGCCUCAUCAUCUGGUGUCACUUGAGUUUUAAACUUGUGAUAUUUUCAAACUAUACCUAAGAGUGAUAUGUAUGAACUCUAAGUAGUGUAACUUGAUCUAUUUAUGAUGAAAGACUAACCUCAAAACACAGCAGUAGACUGGUCAUAGCAAGAUAUUUUUCCUAUUUUUAUUAUAUAUUACUUUAUACCAUUGUUUCUUCAAAUAAAGAGUGUUAUCCUAGGCCUUUUUUCUUUAAAAAGUAAAAGUCUCAAAUAUUCUACAGGGCUCUAAAUAACCACAGAUCUGUUCAGACCCAUGUUCUUAUAGUUUGACCUCAGAGUCACUUUGGCUUGCUUCAUAGCAAAAGAGUAAAUAACUGAAGACUUUAGUUCCAAGAACUUACCACAACAAGGGGAAAAGCAUUAUUUCAGCAGAAUCAUUGAGGCUGGUUAUGGUGAUCUGUAGUCCCAGCACUCCAAAUACUGAGGCAGGAGGAUCUAGAAUUCAAGGCCAAGCCGGGUUAUAUGACCAAGCAGGGCUACAUAGCUAAGUUCCAGACUCUCCUGGGGCUACAUGGAAGAUGCUAUCUCAAAAAAAAAAAAAAAAAUGAGAGAGAGAGAAAU